AUGGGGGGUAAUGGUGUUGAAACAAAGGUCACAUAUGAUGGAAGAUCCCUUAUCAUCGAUGGGUACAGGAAAAUACUUUUUUCAGGUUCCAUUCACUAUCCUCGCAGCACUCCUCAGAUGUGGCCAGAGUUAAUAGCAAAAGCAAAAGAAGGGGGUCUCGACGUGAUUCAGACUUACGUGUUUUGGAAUCUACAUGAGCCCCAAAUCGGACAGUAUGAUUUCAGUGGGAGAUAUGACUUGGUGAGAUUCAUAAAGGAAGUCCAAUUUCAAGGGCUGUACGUGUGCCUCAGGAUUGGGCCUUAUAUUGAAAGUGAAUGGGCUUAUGGAACUGACAACGAGCCAUUCAAGUUCUACAUGCAAAACUUCACGACAAAAAUAGUGAGCAUGAUGCAAUCAGAGGGUUUAUAUGCUUCUCAAGGAGGCCCAAUUAUACUGUCGCAGAUUGAGAAUGAAUAUCAAAAUGUGGAGAAAGGAUUUGGAGAAGAAGGACAACUGUAUGUUGAGUGGGCUGCAAAAAUGGCAGUGGGUCUUAAGACUGGCGUGCCAUGGGUUAUGUGUAAGCAAACUGACGCUCCUGAUCCAGUGAUUAAUACAUGCAACGGAAUGAAAUGUGGAGAAACUUUUACUGGACCAAACUCCCCCAAUAAGCCUGCAUUGUGGACAGAGAAUUGGACUUCUUUCUAUCAAGUUUAUGGUGGUGUGCCAUACAUAAGGUCUGCGGAAGACAUUGCAUUCCAUGUCACUCUUUUUAUUGCAAGAAUGAAUGGAAGCUACGUCAAUUACUAUAUGUACCAUGGUGGAACUAACUUCGGGAGAACGACCUCUGCUUAUGUUAUAACAUCCUAUUAUGAUCAAGCUCCACUUGAUGAAUAUGGUUUGUUAAGACAACCCAAGUGGGGACAUCUGAGGGAGUUGCAUGCAGCAAUCAAGUCUUGUUCUACUACUUUAUUGGAAGGAAAGAAGAGCAAUUUCUCUUUAGGUCAACAACAGGAGGGUUAUGUUUUUGAAGAUGGAGAAGAAGGAAAAUGUGUUGCUUUUCUUGUAAACAAUGAUGCUUCGAAUAUGUUUACUGUCGAAUUUCGCAACAGAUCAUACAAAUUGCCUCCAAAGUCAAUUAGUAUAUUAACAGAUUGUCAAAAUGUGACUUUCAAUACUGCAACUGUAAAUAUAAAGAGCAACAGAAGAAUCAUACAUCCAAUUCAAUCUUUCAGCUCUGCGGAUAAAUGGGAGCAAUUUCACGAUGUCAUCCCUAACUUUGACCAGAUUUCUUUAAUAUCAAACACAUUACUUGAGCAAAUGAAUGUAACCAAAGACAAAUCAGAUUAUCUUUGGUAUACUCUAAGGUUUGAACAUAAUUUACCUUGUAGUGAACCAAUACUCAAUGUUCAGUCUGCUGCUCAUGUUACUCAUGUUUUUGUGGAUAACACAUACCUAGGAGGGGCACAUGGAAGUCACGAUGUCAAGUCAUUCACCACACUGGUCCCCCUAAAACUAAAUGAAGGGACAAACAAUAUAUCUAUACUAAGCGUGAUGGUUGGACUCCCGGAUUCAGGAGCAUUUCUUGAACGAAGAUUUGCUGGCUUAACAACAGUGAAAAUUCAGUGCAGUGAGGAGUCCUACGAUUUGACCAAUUCAACAUGGGGAUAUCAGGUUGGAUUAUUGGGAGAGAAAUUACAGAUAUAUGAACCAAGUAGCAAUCCUGUUCAUUGGAGUCCAUUAGGGAAUACUUCCAAUCAAACACUCAUUUGGUACAAGACAUCAUUUGAUAGCCCGAAGGGUGACGACGGUAUUGCAUUGAAUCUUGAAUCUAUGAGGAAAGGGGAAGUUUGGGUGAAUGGACGAAGUGUUGGUCGAUAUUGGAUCUCGUUCCCAAAUUCUGAAGACCAGCCUUCGCAAACUCUGUAUCAUGUGCCUCGAGCAUUCUUCAAAGAUACUGAUAAUGUUUUGGUUUUGUUUGAAGAAGGAGGUGGGAAUCCUCUUCAUAUCUCCCUCAACACUGUCUCUUCAACUAAUAUAGAUGACUAA